AUGUUUUCGAAGAAAGAAGAUAAUGCUCUUCAGCCUCCAUACGAAACCACUGAUCAAGGACUCUCAAGCUCUUGGGGCCGUCAAAAUAUCAGCUGGGACCCAGCUUUUGGCUCUUCCGAAUCUUCUGCCUUUCUAGACGCCCCGGAGGAAGAUAAUAGAGCUUCAAUGACAGACCACCUUGAGGACUCACCGAAAAACCGACGGCCCUCAAUUGGCGUCCGAUUCAACUCUUUAACUCAAAGAGGCGGGGUUAACAGCAUAGAAAAUUUUGCCCGAAGUUGGACCCGAGCUGCAUCCUUUAUGGAAGUAAUCCCAAAUCAACAGCCUUUCUUAAUAAGGAAUGAAGGGGAGCAACAAGAAUAUGAAGAUCCCUUCAGGGACACUAGAGAUACAGAAGCUGCUCAAUUAUCAAUCACAGACCUCUGGACUCAUCAAACAGAUGCAAGCCAAAGAAGCCACACUAUUAAUGCCAAAAACCUGGCAGACGCCCAUCAACUAUCUUUACCACGAGGAUCCAAGUCAUUACUUCCGCAACGUGAGAAUCUGAAAUCAAUGGAUAGUCUUCUCGGUGCAGAUUUCAACUCUGCAAAUACGUCCUCUUUGCCUGGCAGCCUAGACACCUCUUACGGAACUAUGCAACUUGACCUUCCAAACUCUUCCAGGGCAAAUGUUGGUGAACUUUGGAGGCAGAAACAAGAAAGUGUAUCCCGAAAAAAAUCACACAGCGACUUAGGUGAGAGGGAGCCAGUAUUAUUAAAAGAGGUAAAGCAGGACGGCAAAACAGUACUUCAUGUCGCUGGACAGUCCACAUAUCCUCAGACUGUUUUCAACUCCACCAAUGUUCUAAUCGGAAUCGGUAUUUUAAGUCUUCCCCUCGGGUUUAAAUAUGCAGGGUGGAUACUUGGCAUGGUCAUUAUGCUUUUGUCCGCAUCAAUAACAGCUUACACAGCAAAGCUGUUGUCAAAAUGCAUGGACGUUGAUCCAAGCAUAUUGACGUUCGCUGACAUUGCAUUCGUUUCAUAUGGUGAAAAGGCCCGGAUGGCUACCAGUUUCCUUUUCACCAUAGAGUUAAUGGCUGUCUGCGUAGCACUCAUUGUUGUUUUCUCAGAUACUCUCGGACUUUUAAUUCCCGAGGUCGGUGUUCUUCAAUGGAAAAUUCUUUGUGGCCUCUUUCUGAUACCCAUGGGUUUUUUGCCACUACGACUACUCAGCUUCAGCAGCGUUAUUGGGAUAUUUUCGUGUCUUGCUAUUGUGCUUAUCAUCUUUAUCGAUGGAAUCAUUAAACCCCAUAGUCCUGGGUCAUUAAUAGAACCAGCAACCACUUACCUACUCCCUAAAAAUUGGCUUGCUCUUCCUCUAUCAUUUGGACUGCUCAUGUCUCCAUGGGGAGGUCAUUCUGUUUUUCCCAAUAUAUAUCGAGAUAUGCGUCACCCUAACAAGUUCAUGCGUGCCGUCAAGGUUUCUUUCACCUUUACCUACCUGUUGGAUCUAUUUACAGCCGCUAUAGGUAUCCUUAUGUUCGGCGAUGCUACCUCAAAUGAGAUAUCAUCUAAUAUUCUCAAUAUGUCUGACUAUCCUCCUACUUUAUCGAUGUUCUUAUCAAUAUUUAUUGCAAUUAUACCAAUAACCAAAGUUACUCUCAUAAGCCGGCCUAUCGUUUCGACAAUCGAGGUUUUAGCAGGCAUCACUACGCCCUCAUCAGUGAACCUAGAAGAUAACACAAAGCAAUCUUCUCUGAAAAGGAACAUAUCCAAAUUCAUAGUGCGUGUGACAGUAAUAGUUGUUUUUGUGCUCGUCUCAAUUCUUUUCCCUGAAUUUGAUAGCCUAAUGGCAUUUAUGGGCAGCGCACUUUGCUAUUCAAUUUGUGUGAUACUUCCUCUUCUUUUCUACGUCAAACUCUUCGGCUCGAGGAUAAGUCUAAGGGAAUUAAUCUUCUGUCGCUGUCUGAUAGUGAUCUCUUCGGUUAUGGCCUUUUUAGGGACGGUUUUUGCAUUCAUUCCGAAGAGGUUUAUUGGUAUCUAG